AUGCCCCGAGAUAGAGGAUUGUGCGAGCUAAUAAAAGCAAAAGAAAAUAUAAAACGAAAAUAUUCUGCACUAAAACAUAACGAAGCAGACUUACAGUCGGGAGUAGAAAAAACGUUAAAACCAGUUAUAGACCCAUUAAACCAAAUACAACUAUAGACACUUAAUCAAUCCAAAGUCCCGCCCGAGGAGAAAGGAGAAUUAAUACAAAACUUUAUUAAAGAAGAAGAAGAAGAAAAACAAAAUGUAACUGAAGAAAGUAUAAACAUGAAAAAAAAUUAUGAAUCUUUACUAGAAAAUUGGUUUAAUUCACCCGAUUUCGAUAAAACGUACGGUCCAAAGAAAAUUUAUAAUCAAAUCGUUUUGGGGAAUAAUGUAGUUAAAUUCGCUGGCGAAAAUGUAAUAGUAAGUCCUAAGAAAAUAAAAUACCGUUUAACAAUAGGUCUUUUACAAUUAAUUUUUUUGAAAUUUCCGAUUUCGCAUACCCGACACGAUCUAGACCCGUACAAGUCUAUAUUAUUACAAACGAACGCACAUUUAACAGGCGAUGGAUCCAAGGUUAAAAAAGGCGGUAAAAAAUAUUUAAAUAUUAUUUCAAAAUUAUUUCCCUCCGGUAGUGGACUACGGAUGAAAUUACAGAAAAGUAAUUUAGUCUACUGAUAUUCUCCGAACGAGUUAGUCGAUAGACUUCGAUUACUUUAUGCUUCUAAAACAGCCGGGAAUACAGGUGUAACGAACAAGAUUAUAUCUAUUUUCGAAGAAUUUCUCGAAACCGGAUUAAUAAAACGUAUUCUAAAUGUCUAAACGAGAUAUCGCACUCGAGCUACACAAGCCGGCGAGGAGAAAUUAUAUUUGACGUACGGUCAAUGUUUAUGGUAAAAACGACUUAUGGCAAGCUGACUUGGUCGAAAUGAUACCAUAUUCAAAACAAAAUAAAGAAUAUAAAUAUAUAUUAUGUGUAUGUAUGAUUAAAAAAAAUCCACGUUUAGUACUACUAAGGCGUGCAUCGUAGAACGGCUUAAACGUACUCUAAAAGAAAAUAUGUUUAGAGCUUUUACCGCAAACGGAUCUCGCGAAUGGAUUUCUAUAUUACCACAGUUGAUUGAAAAAUAUAACAAUUCAAAACAUAGAACUAUCGGAAUGACACCGAUACAGGCUGAUAAAAAUUCACCAUCGGUGAUAUUAAAUCAACGUAAUAUACCUGUUAGAAAGAAAAAAUUCAUAGUCGGGGAUAAAGUACGAGUUAGCGUAAAUAAUGGUGUGUUUACAAAAGGUUAUUUACCCAAAUGGUCUACGGAAAUUUUUAAUCUUGUAAAAAUAAAUAAUACAUCGCCGUUUACAUAUCAGUUGGAGGAUUACAAAGGAAACCCGAUAGUCGGAUGUUUUUAUGCAGAGGAAAUAAAUAAAACCACCUUUCUGCACGAUUAUUUAGUUGAAAAAAUACGUAGAAAUGGAGAGGUUUCGAUAGCUGGAUAA